AUGGAGACGUCGAUAGACUUUAGCGCUCUCUAUCUAGCUACAGAUGUAUCUGGAAAAUUCAGGCUAAUACCAUCAUUUGCGUUUCAAAUGGAAAAAAUACCUUUAAUGAUAUUUGCUUUGAAGAUUGUAAAACCUCAUUACUUGGGUAUAAUCAAUUGUCAACAUAAGCUAUGUUACGCGUUGGCUCCGGUGGACAAACUGCCGGACGAAAAUAAUUUAAUAACAGCAGCAGAGAAAAUUGGAUUCAGAGGUGAUUUGAACCAGUCUUAUCUCAGCCAGGAAGAGGCGCCACGCGUAUUAUCACCAUUUGCUGAAGACGACGAAGAUGAAGAUGAACAAUUGGAAAUUGAAAAUGAAGAAUAUGAAUUAAAUAUAUAA